AUGUCAGCUCCCAGCACGCUUCUGCGGGCCUCGAGCUGUGAGCCGGCUCGUGUGGUGGACAGGGAAUCUGAGGAGGAGGAGGAGCAGGAGCUGUCUGAGCAGGUAGCCAGGCUGGCUGAUCGCGCUGCCCUCCUCACAUCCUCACGCCUGACGAGCCCGGCUUCGGCUGCGGCAGCUCCGAUCGUCCCGAGUCCGGCGCCAGGUCCGGCGCCGAGUGCGGCGACGGUGGGCAUCGCCAUGUCCCCAGGCAGCUUGCCAGGCAGCCGAGGGCAUCCGGAGCUUUGCCGCCGGCCCUGCUUGCACUUCUUCUCGCGCCAGGGGUGCCAGCGCGAAGCAGACUGCGUGUACUGUCACCUGCCCCACCCUCAGCGCGCCGUGAGCUUGGACAAGCGCUCGCGGGAGCUGGUGGCCGCCUUGGCACCACGCAGCCUGCUGGCGCUUCUGCUGCCGCUCCUCCGCGCUCGUGUUGAAGCCAUGGCCGACGGGCGCGGCAGCGCCGCGCUUUGCCAGAGGGCAAGGGCUUUCGUGUUGGCCUUGGAGCAGGAAGCCGUGCAACUCGGGCCGCCGCCUGUGCCUUUGGCCGAGAGUCAGCUUAAGAUUAUGAAGUUGCUGAAGCUGAUGACCUUGGCGAUGCUGAUGGGCUUGAUUGUCACUCAGCCUGAAGCCUCGACGCCCCACAUCUUUGCAGGGUGGCGCGGUGCCCUGCUCCCUCGGUGGCCCUUCUGGCCAAAGAGGCGCUGGAAGACCUACGCCGGCUCUGAAGGCGAAGAGUGUGCUCGGGUCGACGCCAUGGCUGUGGAUGCCAUGGACGGGCGCGGCAGCGCCGCGCUUUGCCAGAGGGCAAGGGCUUUCCUGCUGGCUUUGGAGCAGGAAGCCGCGCAGCUCGGGCCGCCUCCGACGCCCCUGGUGGUGAAGCGGCUGAAGCUGAUGACCUUGGCGAUGCUGAUGGGCUUGAUUGCGCGGUGCCCUGCUCCCUCGGUUGCCCUUUUGGCCAAAGACGCGCUGGAGGACAUGCGUCUGCUCUGA